AUGACAAUUACCGAGAACGUUUUGAUAUUGGUGAUCUGUCUCACAGUUCUUCAUUCGCAUAUUGAUGUUGCGAAGAUUCGGUGGUACUUGCAUGGCGUCCUAGUGAAGAAUGAGAAAGUUGUGGAGACCAAUCGGAAAAUCCUGGUGGAAGCCUUGCGAGCUAUUGCUGAGAUACUGAUAUGGGGUGAUCAAAAUGACAGUUCUGUCUUUGACUUUUUUCUGGAGCGCCAGAUGCUUUCCUACUUUUUACAAAUAAUGAAACAGGACGGUGGCUCUCUGAACGUUCAACUUCUCCAGACUUUGAAUAUUUUAUUUGAAAAUAUCCGUCACGAGACUUGCCUUUACUUCCUUCUCAGCAAUAAUCAUGUCAACUCCAUAAUCACUCACACUUUUGAUUUCACAAACGAAGAGAUCAUGGCCUACUACAUCUCCUUCUUGAAGACUCUUUCGUUCAAAUUGAACCCGUCGACAAUACACUUCUUUUUCAACGAGGCAACGGAAGAGUUUCCCCUACUGACGGAAUCUCUAAAGUUUUUCGAUUCAACUGAGAGUAUGGUUCGCAUAGCUGUGCGUAAUAUUGUAUUGAAUAUUGUACGAGUCAAUGAUCCCUCCAUGACUGUUUUUGUUAAGGGCGCUACCAAGGUGUAUCUAUACAAUUUGGUUGAUAGCCUCGUUACGCAAGCGAUUGAGCUAGAUACUUUCGUAAGGUCAGCUGAAAAUGUUAUUGCAAAUCGAGAUCGGCUACGAGAAAAGGUUGAUGAUCUUAUCGACCUACUCCAUUACAUGGGAGAGCUACUGGAAGUCGACGCCAUAGCCGAUUCGUUGUCCUCGUUAAUCUGCUCAAGAUUUCUGAUACCUCUACUUUUGAAUAGUCUCGCUCCAAGACGUCAUAAUUGCGCUAUUUUGCUUACUCCAGUCUCCAGUUUCUUCUUUUUCGCCGAGUUUCUACUGGUUAUUUCACAUCGAGAUACAAUCCAAACCUUUCUCUCUGCGUUCUUGUUCGAGGACGCGUCGAUCUUAGCAACUCACUGGGUUAGAGAUGGUGAUAUGCAUAGCUUACAACCUGUGACUCGGCCGCCUAGGACUGAUACAAGGGUCUUUUUCGACGCUCUGCUGUGUGCUUUCGAUUCGAGCAAAAAUGAUGACUAUUUAUCUUUUUAUGGUCUUAUGCUCAUCUAUGCAAUGUUCCAAAACAAAGUUGAUUCUUCUAAUCCUCCUAUGUCUUGUGAUGAACGAAUAAUCGAUGCGUUGCUGUCGAUUGUUGAUGCUGCAGGCAAAGAGGAUAGUCGUUUACGUCCCAUAACGCUGGAACUAGCUUGUUUGGUUCUAAGACAAAUACUGUUAGUGGUGGAUCAUGAUCAGAUGCACUCAUCAAUUAGCAGUAAGGCUUCGCAUGUGCUGACCUGCUUUGUUGAUCGCUUAGGACUUUACGUGAAUUCUGAAAACUUGUUUUUGGAAUGGUUUGAGGAUGAAUACGCUGAAUUUGAGGCAAGUUACGUGAAUCACAUAAAACUAGAAACGAUAGGAUACGAGAUGUUGCUACCUCCAUGCAAUACGGCGAUGUCAGGAUUAGCGUUGCAUAAGAGGCUUCCGAGUGGAUUUGAGGAGAGAAUUCGAACGGUUAUCCAGUUUUAUUUCCAUAUCCGGAAACUAUCCAAGGAUAUGUCAGGAGACGCUGAGACUGAACUACCGCUCCAAGUUGGAAAUAACUCUGCAGUCGAAGUCGGCGAUUGCAUCAAUUUGAGUGGGUUUGGUGACCCUCGUGAUGUUUAUAUGGAUAACUCCGAUUUAUUGUCUUGCGUCGUGGUCUUGAACAAGAAUGAACGUCUUUCGCGGUUUCUGGUAACGGACCGGCUACAACUUAUACUGGUAGAGCCCGAUACUCGUAAAGCAGGAUGGGCGAUCGUGCGAUUUGUUGGAUUACUACAGGACACGCAAAUCAGCGGAGAUCCAUCGGAUAGCAGGUCUCUUCAUGUUGUUGUUGAAGGACAGCCAAAUCGUCAGCUGAAACGUCAAGCCCUGCUCACUGCUCGUUUUGUUUUCGACGAUCACAUAAGAUGUAUGGCAGCCAAACAACGACUGACUAAGGGACGACAGACUGCACGGGGACUGAAGCUACAGGCUAUCUGCGAUCUUCUUGGUGUUCCGCGAUUAGGAACGGCAUCACCUCGUUCGAAUCCUUUCCGCAUUGUGAAAGGAUGUGCUCCGGGAAGCGUGAGAAAACAGCUUGGUUUCCCUGUCAUGUCAUCGAGGUCGUCAUCCUAUUCCGUGCCGGAUGAUCCUGCCCCGUCUUCAGCAAGCUCUUCAACGAGUGGAGUAAAACAUAUGAACGGAGAUAGUGUGCCGACUUCCACCUCUGCUCCCUCAUCUUCUCAACCGAACACCAACAUACCUCCAUCCAUACUUGUUCUUGGCAUGGCUGGCUCCGGAAAAACAUCGUUUGUACAGCGACUUACUGCUUAUCUACACGCGAGAAAAACACCACCAUAUGUGAUCAAUCUGGAUCCAGCCACUGCCAAUGUACCGUAUCCGGUCAAUAUUGAUAUACGCGACACUGUGAAGUAUAAACAAGUAAUGAAGGAUUAUGGUCUGGGACCAAAUGGUGCUAUUAUUACAAGUCUGAAUUUGAUGUGUACGAAAUUUGAUCAGGUCUUGACAAUGAUUCGACAACGUGCAAGUCAGUAUAGUCUGUGUUUAAUCGAUACUCCAGGUCAGAUUGAAGCAUUCACAUGGAGUGCCAGCGGUUCUAUCAUCACUGAUUCGUUAGCUAGCAGCCAUCCAACUAUAGUCGUCUAUGUGGUCGACUCGGCACGAGCGACAAAUCCAACGACGUUCAUGUCGAAUAUGCUAUACGCUUGCUCUAUAUUAUAUAGAACUAAGCUGCCAUUCAUUGUUGCAUUCAAUAAGGCCGAUAUAGUCUCACCUGCGUUUGCGAGAAGUUGGAUGCGAGAUUUCGAACGUUUUGAUCAGGCUUUGGAAGAGAAUCGAAGUUCGUAUAUGAAUGAUCUCAGCCGCUCCUUAUCUUUGGUAUUAGAAGAAUUCUAUUCAGAUCUUAAGACAGUGUCGGUUUCUUCGGCGACUGGUGAAGGCAUGGACGAGUUUUUGAAAGCUGUCGGAGAAUGCGUGGAACAGUAUAAGAAUGAAUACGUUCCGAUGUACACCCGUGUGCUAGCGGAGAAAUCAAAAUUGGACGAACAAGAAAAGCAAAGGAAACUGAAUGAGGUUGCUGGUAAAAUGGAGGUGCUCAGUGUUCACCCUACUUUGGAUCCACCUGUCCGAGAACGCAUCCAUCUCGGAGGCGUAGAGGAAGAAAAUGCUGAGGACGCCAAUGUUCUUCGUGGUUAA